GUCACCGUUACAGUAUUUAAAGUGCGACAGCAUGGCACACGGGUUAGUGAAACAGGAGUCCGUCGACUGGGAAAUGCACAAGUCAGAAGAUAAAAGUAAGACCUUUGUUUACACAAAGAAGAGGGGCUACGAUGUCACACGUAACCCCCACCUGAACAAGGGCAUGGCUUUCUCCCUGGAGGAGAGGUUACAGUUGGGCAUCCAUGGCUUGCUGCCCCCCUGCUUCCUCAGCCAGGACGUCCAGCUGAUGCGGGUCCUCAGGAACUAUGAGAUGAAGAAGGAUGAUCUGGAUAGAUAUGUCCUCCUGAUGGGACUGCAGGACCGCAACGAGAAGCUGUUCUACAGGGUUCUGACCUCAGACAUAGAGCGCUUCAUGCCCAUAGUUUACACUCCUACUGUAGGGCUGGCCUGCCAGCAGUAUGGACUCACCUUCAGGAGACCCAGAGGGCUGUUUAUCACAAUCCAUGACCGCUCCCACAUCUCCACUCUGCUGCAGAGCUGGCCGGAGAAGGAUGUACGGGCUGUGGUGGUGACAGACGGGGAGCGGAUUCUUGGUCUCGGGGACCUGGGUUGUUAUGGUAUGGGCAUUCCAGUGGGCAAGCUGGCACUGUACACGGCCUGUGGAGGAGUGUCACCCCAACAGUGCCUGCCAGUCAUGCUGGAUGUGGGCACCGAUAACCAGGAGCUCCUGAAGGACCCGCUGUACAUCGGACUCCGCCACAAAAGACUACGGGGCCAGGCCUAUGAUGACCUGCUAGAUGAGUUCAUGAAGGCUGUGACUGACAGAUAUGGGAUGGACUGUCUGAUCCAGUUUGAAGACUUUGCCAACACCAAUGCCUUCCGUCUGCUCAACAAGUAUCGCAACAUUUACUGCACCUUCAAUGAUGACAUUCAAGGUACAGCUGCAGUGGCAGUUGCUGGGCUCCUUGCUGCCCUCCGCAUCACUAAGAGUAAGAUGGUGGACCAUACCAUCGUGUUCCAGGGUGCUGGGGAGGCUGCAAUGGGAAUAGCUGACCUCAUCACUAUGGCGAUGGAGAAAGAGGGAAUCACAAGAGAGCAGGCCCUGAGGAAGAUCUGGAUGGUUGACUCCAAGGGACUCAUCGUCAAGGGACGAGAUCAUCUAACACAUGAGAAAGAGCGCUUUGCCCACGACCACCCUCAGGUGAACAAGCUGGAAGAUGUGGUGCGGAAACUGCAGCCCACAGCAAUUAUAGGGGUGGCAGCUGUAACUGGUGCCUUCACAGAACAGAUCAUCAAGGAUAUGGCGUCCUUCAAUGAGCGGCCAAUCAUCUUUGCCCUCAGCAACCCCACCAGCAAGGCUGAGUGCACUGCAGAGCAGUGCUACACUCUAACUGAGGGGCGGGGCAUCUUUGCCAGCGGGAGUCCGUUUGACCCUGUGACCCUUCCUGAUGGGCGGCGGUUCUGUCCUGGUCAGGGCAAUAAUGCCUACGUGUUCCCUGGAGUGGGCCUUGGAGUGACUGCGUGUGCCAUCCGACGCAUCACCGAUGAGAUCUUCCUCACUUCUGCUGAGACCAUCGCUUCCAUGGUGACAGACAAGGACCUGGCUGAGGGGAGACUGUACCCCCCUCUCAGCUCCAUCCAGGAAGUCUCUCUCAGGCUGGCGGUGAAGAUCGUGGAGUAUGCAUAUGAGCACAACAUAGCAGCGCUGACCCCAGAGCCAAAGGACAAGGUGGCCUUUAUCCGAUCUCGGAUGUACAGCACCAACUAUGACGAGUUUGCCGUGGACUCUUAUAACUGGCCAGAGGAUGCCAUGGGUGUGCAGUCCUGCAAAUUGUGACAAUGCAAGAAGGGGGGUGGGGCAUAGGGUCUGGGGUAGUUGGGGCAGGGGGACUACAGUAGGCCAGUGAGAAGUGUAAGAGAGCUUUGAUAAGACACUCUGAACAUCUUUCUUUGUUAAAUUAUACACAUUCACAUCAUGCAUGUUUGAAUAGUAGAGAAUAUUUUGAAAUAUGUUUGCUGAAAAUGAAACAUAAUAAAAAUGUGUGAAAUCAAAAUGAA